CAUCACUUGUUCGAACACUUGUCACAACAUUAUCGUACAUGUCCUUGAUGAGGUUAAUGUACUUUGUUGGGACUUUGUGUUUCUCCAAGGCCCACCACAUGACAUUUCGCGGUAUCUUAUCAUAGGCCUUCUCCAAGUCAAUGAACACCAUAUGCAAGUCCUUCUUUUGCUCCCUAUAUCUCUCCAUAAGUUGUCGUACCAAGAAAAUGGCUUCCAUGGUCGACCUUUUAACGCAUUAACGCGUGUAUAAGUCGUCUUGUCUGUUAAGCCAUGAUAACUCCAUGUAAAUCUUCUACCAGUGACAGAGUUUAGGCGCUAUUUUACCUUUUAACGCAUUAACGCGUGUAUAAGUCGUCUUGUCUGUUAAGGUUCAGUUGUCGCUUCAUUUUGUGAAUGUCAAUCUCGUGGACCUAGCUCCCAAUUAUGUUCCUCAGUUUGUAUUAGUAAAUUUGUAGUUCACACGCACUUGAAUGUCAGGGUAUUGCAAUCACAUCCAUUCUUAUGCUAUAUGUUGUUUGUUUAUAACAGACAGUUUUUGUGUUAGUUUUAAUUCAUAUUUCUGCGUACUUUGUACCUGUUCUGUUGUUUCAAUUCAUGUCUAACGUCUUUCAUUAACUCUCCACGGAGGUACUGGCCGGCUGGUACAUACGUCAGUGCAUCAUCUAUCUCAUACUCUCAGUCACAUACUCACAUCUACUCCCUCCGUUCCUAAAUAUUUGUCUUUUUAGAAAUUUCAAAUGAACUACCACAUACGGAUGUAUAUAGACAUAUUUUAGAGUGUAGAUUCACUCAUUUUGCUCCGUAUGUACUCACUUGUUGAAAUCUCUAGAAAGACAAAAAUUUAGGAACGGAGGGAGUAUGAUAAUUGGAGUAUAAUCAUCUCCAAUUACAGCCUCAUAUUUUUUUGGACAUUCAUUUACAGCCCGAUCUACUUGGAUGUGCAGAUCUGGGAGUUUGAACAAUUCACCAAGAGAAGCCAGUACAUGUAUAACAGAAUGGGUGGAAUUUAUCAUGAGAUCCUACCCAAAUCUGAGUACUUCUCCAAGGCACUGUACACCUUCCAUUUUGCCCAAAACGAUCUCACCUUGGGCUACCUCAUCAAUAAGACUACCAAACAGAUUGAGGCCUAUGACCCCAAUCCGAAGGAGCGGUUCACUGUGGCAAUGCAGACAUCGCGCUUAAUGGUGAUUGCGCACCGGAGACCCUACUCUCGCCGCGGAUAGGCAAUCCUGUCAUGGAUAGCUUCAUCGAGAUCAAUUCCAGCUCCCAUACCGUUGGUCUGCUGGAGGAGUGCCUUGUGCCCGUAGGCCGUCCAAGUGAGGAAAUCAUCUUCUCUUUGCUGUCUAACAAGGCUUGGUCCAACGUUCUCAAGUGGUUGCCAACAUGCUCGGUUGUUCCAUUGAGGCGUGUGUGCAAAGACUGGUGUGCGCUAAUUAAGAGCGAUUGGUUCAUAAAGCUACACACUAUCCACGCAAACAUGGGCCUAAAGACACCCCGGAUCAGGCUCAUCUCGGCCGUCGACGCGUUAAUCACGUAUCUAGAUGGGACGGAGCUUCGGGAGAGUGAAAUUGCUGCGUUCAUGUUUUGUGGCCCCAUGAAAGUGGUGUGCUCUAAGCCAUGCCAUGGUCUCGUGGUUGGUAGUUGCACCAUGCCGUCCUUUUCAUUUGAUUUUAUAUGCAAUCCUGCCAUGGGUUAUUAUAAGCGGAUGGAUCUAGAUCCGGAUGCAGACUCCACUUUUGCUGCUGGUAGAAUCGGACUAGGGUACGAUUCAAGGAUGAAUAAGCAUAUACGGGUAUGUCUUGUGUACCACGAGAGGAACAUGGAGACUCGGAAUUAUCGAUUGGGGUGUUUUGUCCACCUCACCGACACAGAAACAUGGAGGCCAAUCAGCCCUCCGCCUAGGCCAGCGGCCGAAAUGCAGCCUGUCUUUGUUGAUGGCAAGCUCUACUGGAUGGUUGAUCCAAAUCUUGGGACAAAGUCUUCUCUAGGGUGUGAAAUGUUGGCAUUAGAUAUUAGCACAGAAGAGUUUGAGGUGGUUUCAGGUCCCCGAUGCAGCUAUGAUCAGAUCACGUCCAUCGUCGAGCUCCAUGGUACUAUUUACGUUGUGUGCUCGGAUAGGAGUGCGAACGCAAUGAACAUUUGGACGUUGGAAGGUGACGUAUGGUAUAUUGGGUGCCGAAUAGAGCUCGGGGAGUUUUCAAACGAGUACUCGCCCGAAGAGACUGAGCCGUUGACUGUCGAUCCUACGGACAAGAGGUUGCUACUUAGCACAGGCAGGGCGCUGGGGUAGUAUAGUCCAAUGACAAAAAUAAUAGAGACCAUUCAUCGUCUGGCCGGGACUCCAGAUGGCUACAAGUUCGCUCCAGUACUCUGUGAGGAAAGCCUGAUAUGUCCAUAUAUUCGUUUUGAGAAAGCCACGUAUAGUUUAGGAUGCAUGUAACUGCAAACACAGUUGCCCUUAAAUGAACCCCUCU